AUGCGGUGUUAAAAGGAUCAGUAUUAAGACUUAUAUGUACUUUUGGCUUAAUCCAAUGAUGUUGAUGACUCAAUCUUCCAUGUCCUCAUUUAGAUACUCAAAAGAGAGAAAAUAUAAGGCAAUCUAGAAUUUCUCCCAUAAAAUCAAAAUCAAUCGCAAGUCUAAUAAGAAAUAUGUUCAUUAUUAUUGGAUAAGGAAUUGAUGCUGAAUUUUGGAAAAAAUAGCAUUAAGAAAGUAACAGAUUUUCUAAAAAAAAUUAAAGAUAAUGAUUUUAACAAAGAGAAUUAUUCAUUAGAAGAAUAUGAAGAAAUGAAAUAAGAUCUGAUCACAAAAAUAUCCUAAAAUAAGAAGAUCAUAGAAUUAUUAAAACUCUUAGUUCAUCUGACUGCCUUAGAUGAGAGGUACAUAUAAUGUGGAUCAAAUUCUCUUCAUUUAUUAAUUUAAAUGAAGGUUGAUUUGAAGAAUCAAUCUUUUGAAAAUAUUAAAAUUAGAAAUACUUCACUGCGAGGAGCGAAUUUUGUGAGGUGCAACUUAAGUGGAUCUGAUUUUGACAAUGUCAUUAUUAGUGGAAUAAAUUUAAAUUAAGCUAUAUUAUUUAAUUGCAAGUGGAGGAAUUUGGGCAUUAAUGAGUUAAAUAAGUUAAAUGGUCAUAGUGAUAGCGUUAAUUAAGUUUGCUUUUGUCGAAAUGGCAAGUCAUUUGCUUCUUGUAGUGAUGAUAAUACUAUCCGUUUUUGGGAUGUUAAAACAGGUAAAUUAAUGUCUAUAAUCUAAAAAUAUGGAAGGGUAAGAUCAAUCUGCUUCUCACCAAAUGGUACAACCUUAGCUUAUAGCAGUUAAAGGUUUGCGUAUAUAUGGAAUCUUAAAAAAGGGAAUUAAAUAGCCAAGUUAGAUGGUAAUUCAAAUUAAGUUAAUUCAAUUUGUUUCUCUCCUGAUGGUACUACAUUAGCAUUUAGUAGCGUAGAUAGUUCUAUUUGUUUAUGGAAUGUAAAGAUGAGAAAAUAUAAAGCCAAAUUUGAUGGUCAUACUAACUCAGUUAUUUCAAUCUGUUACUCUCCUGAUGGUACUACAUUAGCAUCUGUUAGCAUUGACGGUUCUAUUCGUUUAUGGGAUGUUAAAACAGAAUAAUCACUAGCCAAUUUAGGUGGUCAUACUAGUUUAGCUAAAUUAGUCUGUUUCUCUCCUGACGGUACUACAUUAGCAUCUGUUAGCAUAGACGGUUCUAUUCGUUUAUGGGAUCUUAAGACAAGAUAAUAAAAAGCCAAAUUAAAUGGUCAUACUAGCUCAGUUUUGUCAGCCUGUUUCUCUCCUGAUGGUACUAUAUUAGCAUCCGCCAGUUCAAAUAAGUCUAUCCGUUUAUGGGAUGUAAAGACAGGAUAAUAAAAAGAUAAAUUAUACGGUCAUUCAAAUUUUGUCAAUUCAGUCUGUUUCUCUCCUGAUGGCAGUACAUUAGCAUCUGGUAGUUCAGAUAGGUCUAUCCGUUUGUGGGAUGUUAAGACUGAAUAAUAAAAAGAUAAAUUAUGUGGUCAUUCAAAUUAUGUCAUGUCAGUCUGUUUCUCUCCUGAUGGCACUACAUUAGCAUCUGGGAGUUAUGAUAACUCUAUCCUUUUAUGGAAUGUUAAGACAGGAUAAUAAAAAGCAAUAUUAGUUGGUCAUUCUAAUUGUGUCAUGUCAGUUUGUUUCUCUCCUGAUGGCAAUACAUUAGCAUCUGGGAGUUAUGAUAACUCUAUCCGUUUAUGGAAUGUUAAGACAGGAUAAUAAAAAGCAAUAUUAGAUGGUCAUUCCAAUUUUAUUCUUUCAAUCUGUUUUUCUCCUGAUAUUACGAAAUUGGCAUCUGGUAGUUAUAAAGAUAUCUGUUUAUGGGAUGUUAGGACAGGAUAAAGAUAAGCCAAAUUAGAUAGUCACACUCAUUAUGUUAACAAAGUUGCUUUCUCUCCUGAUGGUACUACAUUGGCAUCUAGUAGUAUUUAAUAAAUCUGUUUAUGGGAUGUUAAGACAGGAUAAUAAAAAGCGAAAUUAGAUGGCUUUACUGACAACUUUAUUUCAGUCUAUUUCUCUCCUGAUGGUACUACAUUAGCAUCUGAUUGUUUUGAUGGCUCUGUCCGUUUAUGGGAUGUUAUGACAGGAUAAUAGAAAGGCAAAUUCGAUUGUCAUUCAAGUGUUAUUCAUUCAAUAUGUUUCUCUCCUGAUGGUAGUACAUUAGCAUUUGAUAGUUAUGAAAAUACUAUCCGAUUAUAUGAUGUUAAGACAGGAAAAUAAAAGGCCAAAUUAGAUGGUCAUACUCAUUAAAUUAACACUGUGUGUUUUUCUCCUGAUGGUACUAUAUUAGCAUCUUGUAGCCAAGACUAUUCGAUCCGUUUAUGGGAUGUUACGACCAGCUAAUACAAAGCCAAACUAAAUAGUAUUACUAACAGCUGUAUUUCAGUAUGUAACUGCUAUGACACUAUUUCAUUUGAAACUGGUAGUUCUGAUAACUCUUUCCCUUUCUCGGAUGUAAAAGCAGGACAAGAAACAUUACCCUCAGAUAAUCGGUACAAAGACAUUCUAUUGGAAAUACCAGCAUUAACAAAACUAUUUAUUACAGAAAGUAGUAUUAAUUUAUGCUAUUCUUAAGCUUCCUCUUAUAUUACAAUUCUUCGAAUUUCCUAAACUCCUAAUUUAGAAGCUCAAGGAGCAUUAAUCCUGUAAGGAGAAUUUUUUAAUUACUAAGGUGUAGAUUUAAGAAAUUUAUUUAGAUCAAAAGGUAGUUUGAUUUUAGAAAACUUUAAAGAACAAAAACAAAAGUGA